AUGUUCCUGAGGGUUGUCCUAGCGCUUUCUUGGGUUGGUUUAGUGGCUGGAAUUUUCGGUGGAAUCCAGGUUCAACCAGGCGAACUUCCGUACAAUGCGUUGAUAUCCAUAAGAGAUACUGCCGACCGGAAUGUAAUAUAUCAUAGUGGUUCGAUCUUGAACGAUCGCUGGAUCCUGACGGCUGCCCAUGCUGUUUUUGCUGAUCGGAAUCGGCUGGUGGCAUUCGGAGUCACUGUUGGAAAAUAUGACAUGUUACAGGCAGACCAAACUGAGCAGACUAGAGGAGUCAAGGUAGUAAUCUGUCAUCCCGAGUACAAUGAUGCUAUUGUCGGAAUGCAUGAUCUGGCGCUUCUAAGGCUGUUGGCUCCGGUGUCUUUGAACGAUUUCGUUAAACCGGUAGCUUUGGAGCGCAGCACGGAGUAUCCCAGCGUUUGGGUUGGAACGGUCAGCGGAUACGGAAUGGUUCUAAGCAGUGGCAACAGUGCUAGCUUCCUUUCGAAACUAUCGGUCAACCUUUUGUCACGGGCGGUUUGUUCUAGUGGGCAAGAUUUUUGGAACGACGGAUUAAUCUGUACCGACCCAGGGACCUGUGGGGGAGACUCGGGGGCACCCCUGGUGGAACGACGGGGGGACUUCUGGAUUCAGAUUGGACUGGUUUCGAAUGGGAGUCAGUGUGUUUUCUACGGCAGUCCUGUCUAUUACACGUUUGUGUCCCGCUAUGUCGGUUGGAUCAAUGAAACCAUCUGGCAGUUUGAGGACGAUAACGAUGACGAUGCAGCCAUUCGACCAAGCUGUUCGGUGCUGGUGGUAGUAUUGGUUUCGAUUUGGUUUUGGGUUUUGAGAUCGUAA